AAAAAGAAAGAAGAGAGAAAGGUGAAGGAGAGAGAGGCUUGAGACAAAGCCGUCAUUCUAGUAUUCUUUUUUUGUGUGUGAAAAUCCGAAGAAAUGCAAAGAAUAUAGUAAUGGAUAGAGAGGGAGCGAAAGGGGAAAGAAAUGAAAAUGCUAAUGUAGUCAGUAGGCCGUAAGUAUACAAAUUCAAAUGUCAAAAUGGCGGUUUUAUGCGCUGCAAGCUUGUCCUGGCUUUGUCCUGGCUUCUCAGCAACUCAGUUUUCUUUUUUGCUUUCCCCUUUCAAUGUUCUUGAAUAAUCAUUAAUGGUUUAAGAAGUGUACUUGGAUGGAGCAUUUGUGGCUUGAAAGAGAAAUUGCUUUUCAUGAAUUAAUUGAGACCCUAAUUUUGUUAGAGAUAAUUCAAGUCAGUAGCUAGUAAUAUACCUCCGAUUGUCAAUUGCUUCCAGUGCAUAUGUAUUGGUGAACUCUGGAUAGACUUGUUCUAAGCAAAGUGUUUAUUCUACUGCAUUUAGGUUCGUGGUGCUCCGUUAUAGACAUAACUUAGUAUACUGGCAUCCAUAUCGGUUACCAUUGAGGUUGAAUUUAUAGGGGUUGUGGUCUAAUGGAUCAAUCAAACAAUGGGAAUUGUAUUCAGUUCACUUCUGCUAAAUAUCCAAAUGCAGAAUUUCAACCUGAACCUCCGGUUUUUCUAUCGGACCCUCCUGAUCAUCCACAUCAUAAUAUAAAGGCUCCAAAAGAUAAUUGUUCAGAGGCUAAGCCUGUGCUUAAUUUCUCUUUACAAACAGGAGAAGAGUUUGUACUUGAGUUCAUGCGUGAUCGUGUUAAUCCCGGGAAACAUUGUGUUCCCAGUACUUCUAGUGAUCCUAGUUUUCCACAAGGUUACUUGGAGCUAAAAGGCAUCUUAGGCAUCGGUCAUACUGAAUCUGAAGGUGGUUCCGACACCUCCAUGCUAGCGAUGGUUGAAAAAGGUCCAAAAGAGUUUGAGAAACAGAAAUCUUCCCUACAUGAAGACAAAAAUUACAAUGGGUCAGUGCAAUCAGUGCAACAAACGUCAUCAGAUUACUGUGGUUUCCGUACUCUUAUGUAUACCUCAUCUGGAGCAUGUGAUGAUUCAGUGGCAAAGCUUAAGGCGAUGUGUAGCUUUGGCGGUAAGGUAUUACCUCGGCCUAGCGAUGGGAAGCUCAGGUAUGUUGGUGGUGAAACACGGGUUAUCCGCAUCAGGAAGGACAUUACAUGGAAUGAAAUGUGGCAGAAAGCUGUUGUAAUAUAUGAUCUAACUCAUAUAAUUAAAUAUCAACUACCUGGGGAGGAUCUUGAUGCUUUAGUUACUGUGUCCUGUGACGAGGAUUUGCAGAAUAUGUUGGAGGAAUGUGAUGUCCUAGAAGAUGGAGAUACUUCAAAAAAGCUUAGGAUUUUCUUGUUUUCCAUCGCUGACUUGGAUGAUGCUCAUUUGAGAUUAACAAAUUCAGAUGCGGAUUCCGAGUUUCAGUAUGUAGUAGCCAUCAAUGGCUUGGAAACUGGAUCAAGAAGUAGCUCAACUUUGCAUUUUCUAGGUUCUUCUGCAAAUAACUUAGCUGAGUUGGAUGGAAAUAACAUGGAGGACGACUCAGGUAGAUCUUUUACGGGCUUUGUUGGUGCAAGUAACUUACCUUCAGCUGGUUUUGAUGGCUCAUCGUUGAUUGCUAAAUCUGCUCAGCCUAAUGUACCAAGUCCCCCCAGUGCUUAUGACAUUGAUUUACGCUUUCAUCAUGGUCAGAUGGAAAAUUGUGAUGACAGUAAGCAGCAGCAAUUCCAAUUUGGUUAUAGUUCUAAUUCUCAAUUAUCAACUACUCAAAGUGCUACUCAUUGGUCCUCCAGUGUAGUGGACCACCAAAAUGAUAUUGAAGGUCAAGGAUCCCAAACACAAGUGAAACAAUAUGGACCCAAUAUGUACAGUAAGGCUUUUGUUCCCGAGUCUGUCACUUUAGUCGUUGAUUCAACGGAUAUAAGCUUCUCUGAUCCUGCUCCACCACCUCAGAGCGCUUUCUGUUCUAUGCAAAUCCCAAGAGGGAAGAUAGAGUUCUUUAACAGGUUAUCAAAGUCGGACGAUUCACACAAUUCACAGUUUCUUGCAACUCAUUCCCAUACAGAUAUUGCACAGCCAGAAAUUUUUAAAGAAUCCAUUGAGAAAAUGCAAAAUAGAAACAUGAAUGAGCAGCCUGUUUCUACCGAAAAGCCAUUGAGCUAUUGUCCUCAAACUGCAGCACAUGAUCUUGGAGCGCCUGCGAAUUUGAAGCAGGUUAUUCCAAAUGCUGCAAAUAUGAAAAACGUCGUGCUUGUGGAUCAGGUUCCCCUAGCUAAUCAACAAACAAUAUGUGCCGACAAUAAGUAUACAAACUAUUUAGUUAAGCGGAUGGAGGAUGGUGGAUCAAGGCCAAGUCCACUGACCUAUGCAGAUGCUGAAAAUCACCACGAAGAUGUGGGGGGCAUUCAUCUUGAAAUUCAUCAGGGUAAUAAGGCUGGCAGCGAGUUCACAUAUACUAACUCUCAAGAGCAAUCUCAACCUUCAGAUUGGACGGGAAAAUACAAAGAGUGUGCUUUUCAAGGGGAACCAUCGGUUGUGUUACCCAGAUCUGAGCAAGGAGAUAUCUUGAUUGAUAUUAAUGACCGGUUCCCUAGUGAUAUCCUAUCUGAUAUAUUUGCAAAAGCUAUACUUUCUAAUAGUUCAUCUGAUAUUUCUCCAGUUCAGCAGGAUGGAGCUGGUAUGAGUUUAAACAUGCAAAAUGAGGAACCAAAACACUGGUCAUUUUUUAAAAAAUUGGCAGGUGAUGAAUUUGUUAGGAAAGAUAUUUCGCUAAUUGACCAAGAUCACAUUGCAUUCGCACCGGGUCUCCAAAAAUUUAAUGAAGAGCCUCCUCCAGCUAAUGAAUGUAUGCCCUCAACAAUCAACUUGGAUCCACAAAGAAAUAGUGCUGGGGAUGGUCCCAAAGAGCUGCCUCAUGCACUUGGGGAUGUUGAUGGUCAACUUCAGUUAGGGUUUGGCCCAACUCAAACAGAAAUUAGCGAGGACAUGCAUGAUGAUGAUAUGAUGGAUAAAUCUAGGGCUUUAGACAUUGAUUCUGAGGAUGGGUUUAAAAACGUUGGACUGCCUCUAGGUCGUACACUUGCGGAUAUUGACAUCAACUCCCUGCAGAUCAUUAACAAUGAAGACCUCGAGGAACUGAGAGAACUUGGUUCAGGCACAUUUGGCACAGUGUAUCAUGGAAAAUGGAGAGGAACGGAUGUUGCCAUUAAGCGGAUAAAGAAGAGUUGCUUCACUGGGCAAUCAUCAGAACUAGAGAGAUUGGCCAUAGAGUUCUGGAGAGAAGCUGAGAUUUUGUCAAAGCUUCACCACCCAAACGUUGUGGCAUUUUAUGGUGCAGUGAAAGAUGGACCUGGGGGUACAUUAGCUACCGUGGCAGAGUACAUGGCUGAUGGUUCGCUAAGACAUGUUCUGAUCCGCAAAGAUAGACAUCUUGAUCGCCGUAAACAACUCAUAAUAGCAAUGGAUGCGGCAUUUGGAAUGGAGUACUUGCACUCUAAGAAUAUUGUGCAUUUUGAUCUGAAAUGUGACAAUUUGCUGGUGAAUUUGAAAGAUCCAUCGCGACCAAUUUGCAAGGUAGGUGAUUUUGGUUUGUCAAAGAUAAAGCGAAACACCUUGGUUUCUGGUGGUCUGAGAGGAACACUACCAUGGAUGGCUCCAGAGUUGCUAAAUGGUAGCAGCAGCAAAGUUUCUGAAAAAGUCGAUGUGUUUUCUUUUGGUAUUGUCAUGUGGGAGAUUCUCACUGGGGAGGAACCUUAUGCCAAUAUGCAUUAUGGAGCUAUUAUAGGAGGUAUUGUAAACAAUACACUGAGGCCAACAAUUCCUAGCUACUGUGAUCCAGAAUGGAGGUGCUUGAUGGAGCAAUGCUGGGCCCCUAAUCCUGCAUCAAGGCCAUCUUUUACAGAAAUUGCUAGUCGAUUACGGUUAUUGUCUUCUGCUUCCCAGAACAAAACUACUGGUCACAAGGCAUCUAACUAAUAGUUGUCUACCUUCACUUGUUUAUGUGGUAAAUUUAUUCAUUUUAUUGGAGCAGCAAAGAAUAUGCUCAGACAUCUAUAUAAACAAUUACUCUAGAUAUGAGGAUCACUUUUGUAUCGGGGAGAGCUACUGCAAACUUAUAUUUGUGUAUCCUGUUUGGGAAAAGUAAGAAAAGAAGUCUUUUGUUUGUUCGA